UUCCUCUCUCUCUCUCUCUCUUUCAGAACCCGUUGCCGGAACUUCUGCUUGAAGCUACCAAACCCAACUCAACUCAACAGCGGUCAAAACUCGCCGUUUCACUUGCUUUCCUCCUCUACAUUUUUGAGUCCCGCGAUUCUCUCUCUCACUCAUUUAAGCUCAAUGCUCUGUUUGGUUGCUGGGAAAAACUGAGAGCAAGCUAUGCCACUCUGUGAAGCUUGAGUUUUCCUGUUUUGGGGUAUUUGUCAGGUAGCAGAGUUGGAAUAAUUUUCAGAUGGAAGAGGAGAAUGCGGUGGAGCUUUUGCAACGGUAUCGUCGGGACAGGCGAAUACUUCUGGAUUUUAUACUUGCCGGUAGCUUAAUAAAGAAGGUGAUAAUGCCUCCUGGUGCGGUUACCCUAGAUGAUGUGGAUCUAGACCAAGUCAGUGUUGAUUAUGUGCUCAAUUGUGCAAAGAAAGGUGGAAUGCUUGAACUCUCGGAAGCUAUUAGAGACUACCAUGACCAUACUGGGUUACCCCAGAUGAACAGUACAGGUUCUGCUGGUGAAUUCUUUUUGGUUACGAAUCCUGAGUUUUCCGGUUCUCCUCCAAAACGGGCACCACCACCUGUUCCGGACUUCGUGCCACCUCCUGUUCUAACUCCACCUCCUGGUGUCUUUUCAUCUAUUCCUGACCUUGACUCAUCUCCAGUUGCAUCAAGUGUGUCAAAGUCAGAAUCUUUUAACUACACACAAGCUCAAGAACUGACUGUAGAUGAUAUCGAAGAUUUCGAGGAUGAUGAUAUUGAUGAGGCUGACAGUCUCCGGAUUUCACGAAGGAUUCGAAACGAUGCUACUGAUCUUUCGCUUGGAUUGUCUUCUUUUAAGACAGGUAUCACAGAAGAUGAUCUCCGUGAAACUGCAUAUGAAGUCCUUUUGGCAUGUGCUGGUGCUGCAGGGGGUCUGAUUGUGCCGUCAAAAGAGAAAAAGAAAGACAAAAGGUCCAAGCUGAUGAGGAAACUUGGACGUAGUAGAAAUGAAAAUCCUUUGAGUCAGUCUCAACGAGCACCUGGAUUGGUUGGUUUGUUGGAGACCAUGCGUGUCCAGAUGGAGAUAUCUGAGGCCAUGGACAUCAGAACUAGACAAGGGCUGCUUAAUGCCCUAGCUGGAAAAGUGGGAAAAAGAAUGGAUGCCCUACUGGUUCCUCUGGAACUUCUCUGUUGUAUUUCACGAACAGAAUUUUCUGACAAGAAGGCGUAUAUACGGUGGCAGAAAAGGCAGUUGAAUAUGUUGGAGGAAGGGCUUCUUAAUUUCCCUGCUGUUGGAUUUGGGGAGUCUGGACGGAAGGCCAGUGAGUUUAGGAUUCUUUUAGCAAAAAUUGAAGAAUCUGAGUUUCUUCCAACUUCCCCGGGUGAACUCCAACGAACAGAAUGCUUAAGAUCUCUUCGAGAGAUUGCCACUCCACUUGCUGAGAGGCCUGCUCGUGGUGACUUAACUGGUGAAGUAUGUCACUGGGCAGAUGGUUAUCACUUGAACGUUAGACUGUAUGAGAAACUGCUUCUCAGUGUCUUUGAUAUGUUAGAUGAGGGAAAGUUGACUGAGGAAGUGGAAGAAAUACUCGAGCUUGUGAAGUCAACGUGGCGUGUUUUAGGAAUCACGGAGACCAUGCAUUACACUUGCUAUGCAUGGGUCUUAUUCCGUCAGCAUGUUAUUACAAGUGAGCAAGGAGUUUUAAAACAUGCCAUUGAACAGUUAAAGAAAAUACCAUUGAAGGAACAACGGGGACCACAAGAGAGGUUACAUUUGAAGAGUUUACAUUGUAGAGUUGAAGGCGAUCAGGGUCACCAAGAUUUAUCUUUCUUACAGUCCUUCUUGUUGCCCAUUCAGAAAUGGGCCGAUAAGCAGUUAGGAGACUACCAUCUGCACUUUUCUGAGGUGCCAGUUAUGAUGGAGAAUGUAGCAGCUGUUGCAAUGAUUGCUCAAAGGCUUCUAUUGGAGGAACCUGAAGCAGCAAUGAUGCAAUAUACAUCCAGCACAGAUCGAGAUCAGAUAGAAUCAUAUAUAUCAUCUUCUAUUAAGAAUGCAUUUACAAGGAUCUUACAGUCUGUUGAAAAAUCAGACUCAAAGCAUGAACAUCCUUUGGCAUUGCUUGCUGAAGAGACCAAGAAACUCUUAAAAAAAGAUACAACCAUGUUCAUGCCAAUUUUAUCCCAGAGGCAUCCACAAGCAACUUCUGUCUCAGCCUCACUCCUUCAUAGGCUUUAUGGCAACAAGUUGAAACCUUUUCUCGGUGUGGCUGAACAUCUGACCGAGGAUGUAAUAUCUGUAUUUCCAGCAGCUGAUAACCUUGAGCAGUACAUUAUGGAACUUAUUACGUCCAAUUGUGGAGAGGAAACUGCAGAUAUAUACUGUAGGAAACUAGCUCCAUACCAGAUUGGAUCCAUAUCUGGAACAUUGGUGAUGCGUUGGGUCAAUUCGCAACUUGGAAGGAUCUUAGGUUGGGUUGAACGGGCUGUUCAACAAGAGAGGUGGGACCCAAUAUCACCUCAACAGCGGCAUGGGAGUUCAAUAGUUGAAGUAUUUAGGAUUGUGGAGGAGACUGUCGACCAAUUUUUUGAUCUCAAAGUUCCAAUGAGGCCUACAGAAUUGAGUGGUUUGUUUCGUGGAGUUGACAAUGCUUUUCAAGUGUUCGCAAAUCAUGUCAUUGACAAGUUGGCUACCAAGGAAGAUUUAAUUCCACCUGUGCCCAUUCUUACAAGAUACAAGAAGGAAGUUGGAAUAAAGGCUUUUGUAAAGAAGGAACUAUUUGACCCUAGGCUGCCUGAUGAGAGAAGGUCUACUGAAAUUAGUGUUCGAACGACUCCAACACUUUGUGUUCAGUUAAAUACACUUUAUUAUGCAAUCAGUCAGCUGAAUAAGUUGGAAGAUAGCAUGUGGGAGCGAUGGACGAGGAAGAAACCCAGCCAAAAGUUUACCAAGAAAUCCAUCGAUGAGAAGUCAAAAAGUUUCACUCAGAAGGACACGUUUGAUGGGAGUAGAAAAGAUAUAAAUGCUGCUAUAGAUCAAAUUUGCGAGUUCACUGGAACUAAGAUUAUCUUCUGGGACUUGAGGGAACCAUUUAUUAACAACUUAUAUAAACCAAGUGUUUCUCUUUCUAGGUUCGAAGCAGUGUAUGAACCACUUGAUACGGAACUUAGUCAACUGUGUGCUAUAAUUGUGGAACCACUAAGGGAUCGCAUCGUGACAAGUCUCCUUCAAGCAACGCUGGAUGGUUUACUCCGUGUUGUAUUAGAUGGAGGCCCAUCACGAAUUUUCUCUUUGGGCGAUGCAAAGCUAUUAGAAGAAGAUUUGGAGGUCCUCAAGGAGUUUUUUAUCUCUGGAGGAGAUGGGCUUCCAAGAGGAGUUGUCGAAAAUCAGGUAGCACGUGUUCGAGAUGUAAUAAAGUUGCACAGCUAUGAGACUCGAGAACUGAUUGAGGACUUGAAGUCUUCCAGUGGCCUGGGCGUGCAGGGUGGUAGAAGCAAACUAGGGGCUGAUUCUAAGACUCUUGUGAGAAUCCUAUGUCACAGAGCUGAUUCGGAGGCCUCCCUUUUCCUUAAGAAGCAGUACAAGAUACCAAAGUCUACAGCUUAGGGAUUACCUUAGCUAUUCACAAGUCCACUGGAAAUGUAAAGCAGUAAAAUUUGUAUUCUGCUAGAAUGUGAUGUUUAUGUGUAUCAUGUCAGUUAUUUCAAGUGAAAGGCAAUCGAAUGUUGUAUUUAUGUUUGUCCAUUCUUUUUAAUGUACCCAUUUUACUUGUGCCC